UCAUGGCGUUUCGCCAGUUCUGCAAACUUGCAGAGUAGGAGUCUACCGAGGCAUAUCAUCAUCCUCGAGGAUUUGUUGUCCACGCAGCUGAUAUCUCCUCAUUCUAAAUCCUUGUUUCGGUGCAUAUUUAGCAUCCACAUCGAACAGUGCCAAUCACAGGAUUGAUCAUGCUCUGUACUGUGCUGUUAGAGGGAUGAGUUUUUAGUCCCACAUUGAUAAAUUUCAGUUUUUCGAAGCCUACUUAAUGGGUUCACUUCGCCCGCUUGGCGUGUUCGUAGAAAGGAGAGACGGUUGGCAUCUCCCCUGACAGGGACGGGAACGACCUUCGGGUCUACCUGUUAACACAGACGGUUAAGGCUACCCGCCUCGGCGGAUCUUACCCAAUUUUUUUCUGCGUCGGACGCCUUACGCUAACCCUUCAUGUGCCGGUGCUUGAACGGUUCGCCGCAACGAGGCUGCCGUCUUUUAGCCGUCGCACGACUUCACAGAACCGAGUCUAACAUGACCGCCGUUCCUUGUCUUAGUUCUUCUCACAUCAAUUUCCCGCAGUGGACGGUCAAGGCGUUGGCCCCUUCCACCUGCAAUCUCUCGUCGUAUAUACAUAACACACCUUGCAGCGUGGAGGAGGCUGAUGAGGCACGAAACGAUGGCUCUGCUCGCCGGAAACAACUUUACGAUCUCCACGACGCUUCUGGUGCUCGUUAUCUGCAACCUCUUCCUUCUUCUCUCGAAGAUCGAAGCGUCGCCGGGCAAAGCGAAGCAGUUCGAGCCCCUCAGCUUCGUCGGCUCAAGGCUGUCGGCGAUGGCGAUGGCCUACUUGUCGACAGCCACGUACGCGGGGAAGCACCACCACUCCCACUCCCCCGGCGAGCUCCUCUCCAGCAUGCUGUCGACAUGGCGGAGGCCGGCGAUCACUCUGGCGUACGUCGAGCUCUUCGCCACGGCCUCGGCUUCCCUGCUCUUGGCGCUCAGAGCCUUUGCGGGGGCCGCCGGGGAAGCUGCGCCGGAAGCGCUGGUGAUUUCUGGCUACCUGGCUCUGCUGUCCUGCCUCGGGCCGGUCGUCUUUGCGCACUCGGAGAUCGCUUGUAGGCUGAGCCUGGUGGUUGCAGUGGCGGAGGAGGAUUUCGAAGGGAUGAGUGCACUUGCAAGAGCAGAGGAGCUCGUAAAGGAGAAGAAGCUACACGGGUUUGUUCUGACAGCAGCAUUAGGACUCGCCGAGCAAGCAGCGCUGACGGUGUUUGGGUGCAACGAUGACGGUGCUUGGGGUAUUGGGACUCUGCUAUUUGCUGGUCCAGUUCUCCUCAUGGUCAAGUUUGUCACCUACUUUUUGUACACCAUGUUCUAUUUUGAGUGCAAGAAAGGACAUGCAAAAGAGAAGAGAUCGAUCUAAAGGCUUGGCCUU